ACGCGGCCCGCUGCCAUGGAGCACGGCCAGCAGCAGCAGCAGCAGCAGGACGAGGAGGAGGAGGAGGAGCAGCGGGCUCAGGAGCCGUGGUUCUGGCUGGCAGCAGAGCUGGGGAGCAGCUGCUCCUGGGACACCAAGCUGGGCCUGAGCUGUGCCAGGAGGGAGCUGUCGGAGCUGCCCACGCUGGAGGAAGGGCUGCUGUCCUCAGCAGAGGCUUCUGGAGCUCCAGCCUCACCCCUGGAUAUCCAGGAGAGCAGAUUCUCCCCCUGCCUGCCCCUGCUGCUGAGCCCAGGCCUGGCUGAGACGUUCCUGCAGGGAUCCCAGCUGGAUUUCCUUCCCCUGAGAGGAAUCCCGGAUGUUUCUGGAGCAUUCCUGGAGUGUUCAGAGCCUCCCCAGGUCCAUGGCAGCGCAUCCCUGAGGGGCCCAGCCCUUCCCAGUCCAUCCCAGCCCGUGGGACAGGCGGAUCCUGGAGCUGCCCCCCGGGCUGGGGAGCCCCUGGGCAGCCAGGGGGACAGUGGGGACAGUGACAGUGGCACUGAGCAGGGGGCACCAGCCCCCCCAGCACAGCCAGCUCCCGAGGAGGGGCUGGCAAAGGGGCUGGAGCAGCCCUGGGGCACAGCUGGGAAGGAUGGACACUGCUCUGGUCACUCCUGUGGCCACUCCUCCCAGGACAGUGAUGGCCCAGCUGCUGGCUCUGAGCUGUCAGAGGGCAACAAGGAGUCCCCAGGGCAGGAGGAAUCCUCCUCCUCCUCCUCCUCUUCCUCCUCCUCGGGAAGCUCCUCGUACACAACUGCACUGACCAAAUUCUCUGAGAGAAGUGAAAGGGGGGUGCAGCAGGAGAAGGUGAAGGUGCUGGGGAGUGCAGCAGCAGCCCUGGAGAAACUGGAGAAGGGAAAGAAGGUGCCUGAGCUUGGCUGGUCAGAUGACUUCUGUGAUGGCCUGAGGAAAGGCCGUGCCAAAACCUCGGGUGCUGAAGGUGUUCUCUGUGCAGCAGCCUCUGAGGCAGGCAGGGGAGGGCUGCAGGAGCCUGGGGUGCAGCCCAGGGGCUCCCGGGGGCUCCCAGCUGCUCCUGAGGAGCUGCAGGGAGCUCUGCUGGACCAGCAGCAGCCAGCAGGGAGGCUGGGGACACUGAGCCAGCCCCAGGACACUGCCCCGUGCCCUGGGCAUUCCCCAGAGCCUGCAGGCAGCAGGGCUGAGCUGACUGCCUCUGACUGCUCCAUAGAGAGGGGCCACAAGGCCACAGAGAUCUCCCCUUCCUUCAGCCUGGGGGGUGAGGGCUCCUUCUCCCUGCACCUGGCUCAUCCCAACUUCCAGUCCACUCCAGGGCUGCUCCUCAAGAGAGCUGGGAAGGCAGAAGGACCUGCUGGAGUCCUGGUGAUCCCUUCGGAGCUUCAAGGCUCUCCUUGCUGUCCCAGUGAAGAAGCCCCAGGGAAGCCCCCUGCCCCUGGGUCCCCUGGGGAGCAGCACCCUCCCCAGAGUGCUGUGGAAGAGACCUGUGGGCGUUUGGAGUCCUUGAGGCUGGAGACCCCCAGCCCUGGCAGGGUGCAGUCCCUGCCCUCCCUGGGGCUCCUGGAGAAGCUGGAAUCCCCCAGCCCUGGCAGGAUGCAGUCCCUGCCCUCCCUGGGGCACCAGGAGAAGGGAGAAUCCCCCUGCCCUGGCAGGGUGAAGUCCCUGCCCUCCCUGGGGCUCCAGGAGAAGGGAGAAUCCCCCUGCCCCGUCAGGAUGCAGUCCCUGCCCUCCCUGGGGUUCCCUGAGGAGCUGGAACCCCCCAGCCCUGGCAGGAUGCAGUCCCUGCCCUCCCUGGGGUUCCUGGAGAAGGUGGGAGCCUGGGCCCUGGGCCAGCCUCAGCAGGGUCCUGCUGCCACCAGCUCCUGUGUGCCAGGUGGGUCUCCUGCUGCCAGGACAGCCUGCAGCGCACCUCCCAGGGCUUCAGGCUGUGUUUUAUCAGGCCAGAGCAGCCCUGGGCACCCCGAGGAGCGUGCUGCCCCUGGCUGCAGGGGGACAGGCUCCCUGGGCAGCGUGCAUUUCCCCAGCAGCGAGCUGCUGCCUGCCCCUGCUCUCAGCAGGUCCCAGUCUGACAGCACCGUGAACAUUUCCAGCAGCAGCAGAGCCCUGCCUGCAGCGAGCCCGGCAGCACAGGGCACGGGGCAGCCCCCGGGGCAGGAGAGCCCUGCUCGGGGAGCCUCUGGCAGCUGCACCCCGCCACAGCUGCUGCCUGCACCCCGUGCUGAAGGGGUGCCCAGCAGCGCCAGGCGAAGCUCGGCCCCGGGUGUGUGUGUGCCCAGUGCUGCUCAGCUCCUUCCAAAGGACGGGAGCUGCCCAGCUGAGGAGCACCAGGACUGUGGGGAGGAGGGAAAUCCGUCCCUCAGCCUCAGUGUUCCCACUGGUCAUGGCAUCGUGGACAGCUUUGGAGCCGUUUCCUUGGAGAGUUUGAAUUUUCCUGAUGGGCCUGAAGAGCCUCAGGGGGCCCUGGUGGUGCCCAGGCCCUGCCCCAGUGCAGGAGGGGACAGUCCCAUGCCCCCUGGAGCAGCCCUGGAGACUCCCAAGAAGGAAGAGCUGAAUAUUGAAGAAAGGAUCCCGGUGUACCUGCGCAACCUGGGCAUCGAGCAGUCCCCGGGCUCCAUCCUGGCCCCCUUCGUGCCCCCCGCGCCCCUCCCGGAGCUGGAGUUCUCCCCCUGGCAGCUCAGGAGCCUGCAGCUGGACAGGGACCCCCCCCACGCUCAGGGGGCGUUGCUGCCAGCCUUUGAGAUGUCCCAGGCCAGCUUUGGCUCGGAUGUGUCCCCUCUGAGCGUGUCCCUCGCCGUGGGCUCCGAGGCUGGCUCGGAGCAGGAGCAGGAGCUGCUGUCCCCCCUCGGGGACCCCCCGUCCAGCCCGGGCAGUGUGCCAGGCCCCCAGCUGGAGGAGGCUGCCCCAGCCCGGGGGGCAGAGGGGUGCCCUGGCUGUUCUGGGGCACGGCAGGACCUGCCCAGCUGCUCCUCGGGCAGCAGCCAGCAGGGAUGGGCUGUGGGGGCUUUGCCUGGGGUUGGGAGUGAGGUGGAAUUGGACAGGGCAUCCCCGAGCUCCGGGGUGGGAAGUGAGAGCAGCCAGGGCCAGGAAGGGGAGUCCCUGCUGGGGCCUGGGGUGCUGCAGGAGCUGCGGGAGCUGCUGGCACAGGUGGAGGGGCUCACUGCCAGCUGCAGCCGUCCUGCUGGCCCCACAGCCUCCUGCAGGGAGCCCGGGGAGCUGCCCCCGGGGCUGGCUGGGGGGGAGCAGGGUCCCAAGGGUUCCCGGCUGGGCCAGGACUGGAUCCCCGAGCUGCACAAGAGGCUGUCGUGGGAUGAGGCCGUGACCCCGAGGGGUGUGCGGGGACAGCGGCUGGGGAUGCCCCCUCUGGAUGCUGCCAGCUGCCAGCUGGCAUGGGCACACCCUCUGGGGGUCAGCUCCCAGCGCAGGGAAGGGCUGAGGGGAACGGCCCAGGAGCCGAGGCCAGGGAAAUCCGCGGGGAGGUCGGAGCCAGAAGGGUGCAGCAGUGUGACCACGGGCAGGGACCAGGCUGCCCGAGCGGGGCUGGCACAGGGCAGUGCCAGCAGUGUGACCACGGGCAGGGACCAGGCUGCCCGAGCGGGGCUGGCACAGGGCAGUGCCAGCAGUGUGACCACGGGCAGGGACCAGGCUGCCCGUGCAGGACUGGCACAGGGCAGUGCCAGCAGUGUGACCACGGGCAGGGACCAGGCUGCCCGAGCAGGGCUGGCACAGGCACAGGGCAGUGCCAGCAGUGUGACCACGGGCAGGGACCAGGCUGCCCGUGCAGGACUGGCACAGGGCAGUGCCAGCAGUGUGACCACGGGCAGGGACCAGGCUGCCCGAGCAGGGCUGGCACAGGCACAGGGCAGUGCCAGCAGUGUGACCACGGGCAGGGACCAGGCUGCCCGAGCGGGGCUGGCACAGGGCAGUGCCAGCAGGGUGACCACGGGCAGGGACCAGGCUGCCCGAGCGGGGCUGGCACAGGGCAGUGCCAGCAGCCGCCUCAGCGCUGGCACAGCUCCAGAGCUGGGCCAUCCUCCGCCCCUGGAGCCCCUGGGCUCUGUCCCCGCUGGCCUGGGGGGCUCCCAGGGCUCGUGGUGCCAGGCUGGGAGGGCAGCAGGGACCCGGGGCAGCCAGGACAGCAGCAGUGGGGACUCCCUGAGUGCCCGGGUCAGGAGCCUCCUGGGGGAGCCUGGGCGCUGGCAGCAGCCGGGCAGUGCCCCGGGGGCGGUGCAGGGCAGCGUGCCCGGGGCUGGCGCUGCCCGGAGCCCGGCUGGCAGCGGCAGCAGCAGCAGCAGCAGCAGCCGUGACUCGCUCGCUGCCCGUGUCCGCCGCCUCCUGGGCAGCGGCGCCCCCGGGCUCCCGGCCAGCCGCAUGCUGAGGAGCGCCGAGGAGCAGGAGAGGAAGAUCCGGGCCUGGGUGAAGCUGAAACUGGCCAGCCAGUCCCAGGAGCGUGGGGCAGACUGGGAUGAAGAGACCCAGCUCAGGAUGGAGGCAAUCAAGGCAGAGCUGCUCCCAAAGGCCAGGGACCCCACGCCAGCCAAGGAUCCCUGGCUCUGUGGUUUGGAAGCAGCUUCUGAGCACCUGAGGAAGCAGGAGCAGGACCUGGAGGGUGACCAGGCUCCCAGGUGUCCCAGGGACAGGCAUGGACAGCUCUCCAGGACUCGGGAGCAUCUCCAGCCCAGCUCCCCACCAGCAGCACCAUUUCCUAGAGCUGUUCCCUGGGAUUGCUCCCUGCUGCAGGACAUGCUGAAACCCUGCAGUGCUGCUGACCUGCAGGACAUGCAGCUGAAACCUUGGGGUGCUGCUGAGAUUAAGGAUGUGCAGCUGAAGCCCUGCAGUGCUGCUGAGAUGAAGGAUGUGCAGCUGAAGCCCUGGAACACUGCUGACCUGCAGGACGUGCAGCUGAAGCCCUGCAGUGCUGCUGAGAUGAAGGACAUGCAGCUGAAACCCUGCAGUGCUGCUGAGAUGAAGGAUGUGCAGCUGAAACCUUGGGGUGCUGCUGACCUGCAGGAUGUGCAGCUGAAGCCCUGGAACACUGCUGAGCCCUGCAGUGCUGCUGAGAUGAAGGACAUGCAGCUGAAACCCUGCAGUGCUGCUGAGCUGCAGGUGCACAGGCAGCACCCAGCCGUGGGGCAGCCCAGUGCCAUGGCAGAGCUCCGUGCCCCUCUGGCACGGGACCCCUGUGCAGGGAGCCCUGCAGCUGCCCCCCGUGCCCACGGGGAGCUGGGGCAGGGCUGGGGGGAGCUGGGCAAGCGCAGCACCUCCAUCAGCCUCAGCCCCCAGAGCCUGGCUGGGACCCUGCCCGGGGAGGGGAGGCUGGGCACAGAGCCCUGGCACCCAGCUCUCAGACAGGGCUGUGCCCCCUGCCCCGUGCUGGCUGGCUCUGGGGGUGCUGCUGAGGCUCCUGCUGCCCCUGCUGCCAGGGCUGCAGCUCCUCAGGAAACAGCCCAGCAGCCUGGCAGCAUCCCCACUGGGAAGGGACAGACCCCGAGUGCCAGGCAGCCCCAGCUCCUGCCUGCAGCUGGGGGGCACAGAGCCGGGGGGCUCAGCCAGGACACGGAGCCAUCCAUUGGGCCCCCCCCUCUGAGCCCAUCCCAGCAGCAGGAGAUCCCCCCUGGGCACACCCAGCCCCGGGAGGGCUCAGAGGGCCCAGGGGCAGCUGCACAAAGGGCUUUGCUGAGGGGCCCUGCUGAGGUGUGGGCAGAGGGGAGGAGAGGCCCUGGCCAGCCCCCUCUGGUUCCAGAAGAGGCUGUGAGGGAGCACACGGGUCCUGCUCACCCCUCAGCUGCAGACGAGGCUUUGUCCACCAGGCCUGAGGCUCCCUCAGCCCCGGUGAGGAGAUUCCUGAGCUGUGUGCACAUCACCCUCUGCUCCAGGGUCGGUCACCCCAGUGCCAGCAGUGCCAGCAGGGCUGGGCACGGGGCCAAGGUGUGGGACAAGCCUCAAGGCAAGGCUCAGGCUGUGGCUUUACAAGCAGCUCCAGGAGCUUCAGUGGAAGGUGUUCCUAAAUCCCCUGCUGCUGAGGCUGCUCCAGAGGAUCCAGCAGAUCCCAGCCGGGUGCCUUCCCCCAGGCAGGAGCAGCUGCAGGGCAGGGCCAGAGCCCAGCUCCAGGCCUGGGGGGCUCGGGGUGCACAGGGCAUCCCCAGCUCUGCAAAGCCUGGCAGAAGGACUUCUGAUGCUGCCACCCAGAUCACCACGGAGAGCCCUACAAAAGCCACGCUCUCAGCAGAAAUCUGUGUUGAUCCCCAGGAGGGGGGAGGUGGUGCCCAGCAGCCGUCGCUCCCCAGCGCCCCUGGAGCUCCUGGGAUUGCAGCUCCAUCCCACAAGGAGAUUCCCCCCUUCCCAAGGCAGCCUGCCCAGCCCCUGCUGCUGCCCUACAAGCCCUGGGGAAGCUCUGGCAUGUAUUAUGUGCCUUUCCAGAAAGCAGGAGGCAGCGUGUCCCCAGGGGAGCCCGAGGCCAGCACAGCCAGCUCCUGCUCAGGCUCAGAGGAUGCUCCUGCUGCAGGCAUCCUGGCCCCAGUGCUGGGUGUGGGGGAUGAGGCUGCUCCAGCCAGGGCAGCUGCCCAGCACAGGGGGACAGGCCACGGGCACAGGCCCAGGCUGGCCUGGGCUGAGGAGCACAGCACGCCCCUGGAACAGUCCUCAGAGCUCCCAGCUGGUUCCCGGCGUGCAGAACCCUCCCGCGCUGUCCCUGAGCCCGCCGGGCAGAGCUGCUGCCAGCACCCCAGGGCGCUCCCCAGGGCCCAGCGGGGUCCCCGUGCCCCCCGGGGCACAGAGGGGCCGUUCUUUGCCCUCCCUGCAGAGGCUGAUGACAGCAGGAGCGAGGAGCCGAGUGCCAGGGCGUGCUUUGGGCACGGAGCUGCUGGCGCUGAUCCUGGGCCGCGGGGCCCCGCUGCUGCCCUGCAGGACAGCGUGGGGAAGGCACCCCGGCAGAGGGGCCAGGCCAGGGGCAGCCUGGACCAGCUGUGGGUGAGGUUCCUGCAGCGGCAGGGCACGCAGCAGCUCCGCAGCGGCGGCGAGCUGUCCCUCGUGGAGCGCCUGGACCGGCUGGCCAGGCUCCUGCAGAAUCCCAUCAGGCACGCCCUGGCGCCCACAGCGGCUGGCGAGAAGGCUCCUGAGGAGGAGAUCCAGGGAAGGGAGCAGCCAGAAACCGGGCUGGCAGGAAAAGGCAGCUCUGGGAGCAGCACGGAGCCGAGGGCAGCGCGAGCGGGACGGAGCCGUGGCAGCAGCAGGCCGGGCCAGAAGGUGAUCCAGCACCUGAGCAGGAUCCUGGAGGAGCAGCAGCGCCUGGGGAUCCCCAGUGACAGCUCCUCGGAGAGCAGGCUGAGCCGAGAAGUGUCCAGCUGCAGCACCUGCAGCACCUGCAGCACCUCGGCGUGGGACACGGGGACGGGGCUGGACACCUGCCCUGCCUCCGGGGACAGCAGCUCCCUGUCCCUGUCCACCAUCGACACGGCCCGGCUGCUCCGGGCCUUCGGGCAGCACAGGCUGGCCCCAGGCACCGACACGCCGAGCCCGGCCCCGGGGCUGUCCCCAGGGCUGGCCCGGCUCUACUGUGCCAUCAGCCAGCAGAAGAGGCGCUCCGAGAAGUGGCACGGGCACAGUGGAGGAGCAGGGGCCGGGCCGUGUCCCCAGGGGGCUGCUCCGAGCCUCGGGAAGGACCAGCAGAGCCAGUGGGCUGCUGGAAGUGCCCGGGGUGGAGCCAGGGCUGGCUUUUGUGGGAGCAGUGGGACAGAUCAGCCUGGGCUCAGCACUGACAACAACAGAACCGAGUUCCUGUUCCCUUGGCUGUUUCUGCAGAGCACCAUCCCCUUCUCCUCGGAUUCCACCUGUGCCAGCAGCAGCUCCUGGGGGCCCAGCUCUGCCCUCAGCCACAAGCGCCGGACACGGAUGCUGAGCAAAGGCAUCCAGGCAGGGGACCUGGAGAUCGUCAGCAGUGCCACCAGGAAGAACACCCGGGAUGUGGGGGUGACCUUCCCCACGCCCAGGAGCAGCCAGCAGCUGUGGGAGCCCCCGGGGCAGGGACAGGGACAGGGGGGAGCCUGGCAGCAGCCCCAGGCACGGCCGGGCAGGCUCCUGACAGACACACGGAGCAGGAGGAGCAGGCUGGGGACUCAGUGGCUCGUCCCAGCAGAGGGCUUGGAAUGCGAGUCGAGGAAGGAAAACCAGUGCAGCGCCACUCCUGGCCCUGGGCCAGCCUGGUUCGAGCCCUGGAGCAGCACAAAGCCUUGGAGAGAGCCCCUGCGGGAGAGGAACUGGGAGGAGCAGCCCAGGCUGGGCCAGGGGGCCGUGACACCCCCGGGGGCUGGCAGGGGGCUGGGGCAGCCCCUGGGCAAGCUCUCGCUGCAGGAGGCCCUGGCCCUGCACCGCCCCGAUUUCAUCUCGCGCUCGGGGCAGCGCCUGCGGCACCUGCGGCUGCUCCGCGAGGAGAGGAGGCUGCACUCGUCCCAGGGGGAGAGACUGCUGCCCCCCGGGGGGGAGAAACUGCUGCCCCCCGGGGGGGACAGACUGCUGCCACCCCGGGGGGACAGACUGCUGCCACCCCAGCAGCUGCUGCAGCCUGCAGGGAGGAGGAAGGACUGCAGGACUGCAAAUCACCUGGUGUCCAGCCGAGGUUUCCUGAUGAGAGAAAAAAGAAGAGCAAUUCCCAAGCGUGAGAUGUUUCAAAGAUCUAAAAGGAUGUACGAGCAGCUCCCCGAGGUGAGGAGGAAGAGGGAGGAGGAGCAGAGGAGGCUGGAGUACAGCUCCUACCGCCUGAGGGCUCAGCUCUACAAAACUAAGAUCACCAGCCGUGUCCUGGGGAAGAAGGUGUCCUGGAGCUGACCUCGGCCAGGCUGGGCUGAGCACACAGCAGCUGCAGCAGGGAGAAGGCAGAAAAUGCUCCUGCAGCCCCACUUGGUGCUCUGGGUCACUGCUGUGCCCAUUGAUCCUGCCUGUGUAAGAACCAGGGACCGGGGGAGUGUCAGGGUUUAAAUAAAUAGCUGGGCUUUUAUACUGGUGUUAGGCACUUCCAGAGGAAACAGAGUCUGGAAAAACUUGCUUCAUAAUAUAUUUAUAACUCCCUGAUUGGAAUAGCAGUUUUAUAUAUUUAUUUUCACUGGGUUUUAAUGAGGAUUUUUUUUAUUUUUUUAAUUCCUGUCUCAAUGUAGAAAAGUCACUUGUUAUGUUUUGUACCUCAAUAAAACAGCA